AUGGGAAUGAAUUCAAAUCAUUCUGAGAAAAGAUUUAAUGAAACCUAUCUACCAGUGCAAUUUCAAUCAAUUUUCAAAUAUGUAUAUGAUGAUAAUAUGAAUGCAACUUAUCAUACGCAAUCCAAAAUCAUCAAUUUUCUUAGUAUAUAUAAACAUUUAUUAAAUAUGAAUGCUAAUCACUUGGUAAACAGAGUCGAUGAUACUGCUACUACAUCUUGCUUAAAUGAUCGUACGAGUAAUUAUACGUCUGAACUGAUAAAAGAUGGUUUACUUACAAAUGAUCAAACUACAUUAAACCCUACAUGGUCUACUGUGGUUCCUUUUAAAUUACCCGCAAUUGACACAUAUAAACCAUCACAGUUGGGAACACACUUAUCAAUAUCUAACACUAUGAGUAACCGAUACAAGUGUCCUCAUGUACCUGAGUCACAUUCUUCCAUCAGAAAUUCAAAUUUCAAACCGAGUAAUCCCAUGGGAAUCUCCUUCUCUUCUUCUUCUUCUUCUUCGUCUUUUCCUUUAUUGUAUGGAAGUUAUACUAAGAGUAAAUUCGACUCAUCAGUAAAUUCUAGAAUAAAGCCAUUGAUUUCAGUAAAUAAGGAUACAUUGUCUACUCGAAUUUCAUGUGUAGCAGCAACGUCAGUCAUCAUGUCAUCACCUUCAAUGUCCUCAUCAUCUAAAUUGUCAUUAUCUCCAUCAUCAUCAGCAUCAUCAUCACCAUUGUCGUCAUCACCAUCAGCUUUAUCCUCAGAUUCUAUGAACCCAUCAUCAUAUGUUUCUAAACAGUUGACUGUACAAAUUUUAAAACGUUUAGCUAGAUUACCAAAUCAUUUAGGUCCAUAUAUUUGUAGAUUAUGUAACCAAUAUUUUGAGAAUGCACUUAAACUAGCCAAUCAUCGAUGUCCAUUGAUACUCCAUACUGAUUAUCGUUGUCCAGAAUGUGAUAAGGUAUUUAGUUGCCCAGCUAAUUUAGCAAGUCAUAGACGUUGGCAUAAACCAAAAUCCAAUGAGAUUUCUGAACAAACAGCUUCAGUACAUGCUCCUUCAUGCUCGGCAUCUCAUAUUUACAGUAAUUUUGCAAACAAGAAGUAUUUUGACUGCAAUUAUAAAAAGCCCGUUACACAAUCAAAAUACCAAAGCAAAAGGAUGUAUUCGAGCAGUUUUCUCAUGUGCAACAGAAACGCUGUAGUACCUCAUGAGACACAGAAGUUAAUAAAAGGUAAUAUACAUGGAGGAACAUGUGACACUUUUCAUUAUAAUCAGUCCAACCAAUCGAUAUCUAUUUCUAAAUGUCUUAAGAAGCUGAAUUUCUCUGUUCAGGCAUUACUUGAAGAUCCAUUCAACAAUAAUGAUGAUAACUGUCAUUUGAUGAAUAAUAAGAGUUCAAUAAUGGACUGUAAUGAAAAAACUAUUCAUUCUACAUUAUCAGAACAACAAAAAUAUCAUAAUUCCAGUGAAAUAAAUUUAAACACUGUCCAUACUACUGUUGAUGACAAUAAAAGUAUUGCUAAUUAUUCUGUGGCUAAUAUCACUUCAAGUAGUAUCUAUAAUGUUGAUCUUCCGUUAACUAAUAAUCGAACUUCAAUCAGAUGCAAUUACUGUAAUUCAGUAUUAUCAACUCAAAAUCUAUUAGAAAGUCAUAUGCUUCAACAUAUUUUUGAUAAUCUGAAAUCGGUAAACCUUCCAGUGAGUAUUAACACUUCAGUGUGA